GAGACAAGACCUAGUGAAGCUGCAGCAACAGUGUGCAUCGUGAACAUAAUAUUCCAGUUGCAGAUGUUGGGGAUGACUUUCCAGCUGUGUCUGAUAAGGGCACUCUGCAGUCUGCUCUUAACCACAGGUCUGCUUGAAGCGACGUCCCUGAUGAAAGUCAGGAAUAAUGAAGGGAACAAGAUCAGCAUCGGCUCUGCUCAAGCACAUGAUUUCUUGACUAAUUCACGACCUAAGAGGGAUAUUGACCCAAAGUGGUAUCGAGCAAACCCAGAUUUUCAGUCCUACUAUCGCUUCUACAACAGCAUCGGACACACUGAAGGCCUCUAUGAAAUUGACAGAAUCAGGAUGCUGUAUCAGCAGAUGCGUCACUUAGAGUUGACCUUUGGCCCGGACGCCUCCAGUUACCAAACUGACUUGGGUGUGCUGACAAGCACUGCAGCGCCAAUUACAACCAACCAGCCUCCUCCACCUCCCGCCACCCCUGCUCCCACACCAGACCCACUGGAGAAGGCGCAGAAGAUCUAUUUGUGCAACCCCAAAGACCCCCUGUGCAAACCACAGAUCGUCUACCUGCCGACAGGGGCUGUUCCAGUGCUGUGUGACCCACGGGUCAAUCCCGCCUGUCGGCCCAAAACAGAGGAGGAGAUCAAAGCCGCUGCUCCUCCGCAACCCCCCGUCUCACCUUUUGCUCCCAAACAGUCUGUCCCGCCUCCACCUCCCACUGUUAAAGGAAUGGAGUAUGACUGUGACCCAUACUGGGAUCCUGACUGCCUCGUCGACCACCCUCCUCGCCCCAUCCAGGAAACAGCCACAGGAGCUGUAUCUGCAGAAGAGAAAGGUGUGGAUGAGAGAGAAGCAAAGGUUGAGGAAAAGGUCCCUGCUGCAGCAGCCACACAGAAACCCCUUCACUCUUACUAUGACCCUUAUGAUUUCAAACGUGACCUUUACGAUCCCUUUCAUUACACUGAUCAAGCUCCCAACCCAUGAAAGCAAGGUGCUUCAGAACAUGACCUUUUAAUGAACAGACUUCAGUAGAAAGGGGUAAAACCCGAAUUAUGUUAUGCCCUUUGUGUAUAAUCAAAAACAAUAAUGUAGAAUAAAAAAGGAAAUGCUUAUGAAUAUGCUUGACUUUGU